UGUGAAUUUACUUUCAAAUCUUUAUGUGUGUACAGUGUGUAAAGCAUCGUGACACGUGUCUUCUGAUCAUUUUUGAAUAAGAUAUAAAAAUGAUUUUUCUAAAUGCACAAUGUAUUCUGUUAAUAAACUUGAGUUUGCUCUCGAUCCAUACUAGUGUAGGAGAAAAUAAAUAUUCUGUCGAGGCAAAUAAACCUAAAGAUGUAGACCCUUCGCAGUUUCCAAUUUCUCUUAGAGACUUGGAUAAACCAUUUAGGAUGGCAAAGUUAAAUAUACUUUGGGCUAAAGCAAAGAAUCGCCUGACAGAUAAUAAACUGCAGUCAAUCUUUAGUGACUUGAAGAUUCAUGAUAAAGAAGAAAUCGCAUACAAGCAUUUCAAAUCUGAUGGAAAAGAUCUUGAAGGCGAGGAAGAAGCACGCUUAAGAAAAAAACUCCUUGGAAUAAUGAGCACAUAUGAUUUACUGGAACAUUUUGCUGAAACAGAAGAUCCAAAAUUACUCAAGAUACACAAAGCGCUGAAUGAUGGUAGUAAUUAUGUUGCCAAGGAUAUAUUUAAGGAUAUAAGAUUAAACAAAUUGUGGGCUAAAGCUGAAAUGGCUGGUUUUACUGAUGAAGAGCUUCAAACUUUAAAACAAGAAUUCCAACAUUAUCAAGAAAAAGUAGAUGAAUACAUGAGUUUAUUGAAAGAACAAUCUGGAGAUUCAGAAAAAUUUGAAAAUAUGUUAAAUCUUAAAUCAAAAGAGUCGAAUCUGAUCUUUUGGGAACCAGAAGCGGAACUGCCUACAAAUCUAGUAGAUAAGAAAUUAAGUCAUAUGGAGAAGACAAAUUUACUUCGAGUAAAACAUUUGGAAUUGAAAAAUAAAUUUGAGCACUUAGACAGACUUACUGCAAAAGGACCAAACCAUAGAGACUUUAUAGAACCUAAAGUACAAGGGUUGUGGAAAAUUGCACUGGAAGCAAAAUUCUCUCCCGAAGAAUUAGCAUCUUUGAAGGAGGAACUUUUACACUAUGAAUCAAGGUUGCUUAAACUGCGACAUCUGCAUGCUGAAGAAGCCUUGAAAGCAGCACAAAAUGAGCAAGUCUAUGGUUUAGAUAAUUCAACAACUGAACAACACAUCAAGAAACAUAUUAGAACAGUACAGAAACUUCAUAUAGAUCUAGAAAACAAAAUCCUGCAGAAGCAUACAGAAUUAUAAGAAGGUAAGAAGAUAAACAUUUAUCAAGAUAUCAAAAAAUGUAAUUUGUCUAAAACAUAUAAAU